AUGGCUCCUGCAAAGAAAAAUGUGAAGAUGGAUUUGAAUUCCUUCUUGAACGACGAGACUUUCGGUUCUUCCUGGGCCGAUGAAGACGUCGAUUUGAACAAGAUUAAUAUUCCAAUUGAAAGUGCUCAAGCCAAUACCAUUCCUUUAGAGGAAUUAGCUGCUGCUAAUAUGGCUAAGAUGGGUGCUGGUGGUAGAGGGUCGAGAUUAGACCCUGCUUUAGGUGCUGGUGCAAGAAGAGAUUUCCAACGUACCGAAUACCCAGUUCCAGAUGUUCCACCAUACAAGGCUAUCAUUAACAACAUUCCAUGGGAUAUCACUCCAGAAGGUGUCACUGCUUGGGUGGAAGAUGGUUUGGAAAAGGAAGGUGCUGUUGUUGACUUGGCUUUACCAACUGAUAUGAGAGAUCCAUCCCGUUUAAAGGGUAUUGCUUUUGUUGAAUUUGCUCAACGUGAUGACUUAGUCAAAGCUUUAACCUUCAAUGCUACCAGAUUAAAUGACCGUACCGUUUACGUUUCUGUAGCUGGUCCAAGAAGAGAAUUUUCUAGAGGUGGUGAAGAUUUUGACUGGGGUGCCGCUAGAGGUUCCAACUUCCAAGGUGGUAGACCAGACAGGGAAGAAGCUAAUCUAGAUUGGGGUGCUGCCAGAGGCUCUAACUACCAAGAAAGAAAGCCAAGAAGAGAAGAACCAAACUUAGAUUGGGGUGUCGCCAGAGGUUCCAACUACCAAGAGAGAAGACCAGAAAGAGAAGAAGUUAACUUAGAUUGGGGUGCUGCCAGAGGUUCUAACUACCAAGAAAGAAAACCAAGAAGAGAAGAACCAAACUUAGACUGGGGUAGUGCCAGAGGUUCUAACUUUGGUGAACAAGGAAACUUUAACAGAGCUCCAAGAGAGAGAAAGCCAAGAAAAGAUGAACCAGAAUUAGACUGGGGUAGUGCUAGAGGUGCUAAAUACCAACAAAAAACCCAAAGAUACGAAAGAACUGUUACCGAAAAGACUGAAGAAAAACCAAAAAUUCAACAAUCAGCUUUUGCUGUUUUGAGUAACGAUGUUGAUAAUGAAGAAGAUGAAGAAGAAGUUAAAACUCCUGCCAAAAAGGAAGAGGAAAUCACCCAACUAGAAAGAGAAGCUGCCAAAUUAUCUGUCAACGAUGGUGAUGAUAGUGAAUGGGAAGUUGCCGGUAAAAAAUAA